AUGAGACUUGAGCAUACACGGAUUUUGUUAUACACGCGGGAUCUUGGAACCAAACCCCAGCGUAUAACAAGGGUCCACUGUAUUAUUUAGUAGCAUUUGCCCAUGUAGGACAAGGUCUGGCUGCUAUCUGUUUUCCAUCUAAGUACUAGCCACAGCUGAUCCAGCUUGGCUUUUGAGGUGAGAUGGAAUCUGGUACCUUUAGAGGAGUUAGGCCAGCUCUGUUUUACUAGUUCUAUUUUUUACUAGGAGUAGAUCUUUUGUAAAACUAAUGAUUCCUAAUUGCCCUGUAAAAUUGCUUAUGUAAAAUUACUCUUGUAAAAGUAAUGACUCUUUAACUGCCUUUUGAAAACUAGCCACUUGGAAAUAUUUUGUGUUAAUUCAAAAUACAAACAAGUGUAGAAUAAUAGCAGCGAAUUCAAAUAAUUUCAAAGUGAGCUUAAUAUCUGAAAUAGUAUUAUUAUUGCUAUUGUUUAUUUAAAUAUUUCUAUCGUGACCUGCAAGAAAAGAUCCCAGGGCGGAAUACAAGUAAAAUCAAUACUAGCAAAUGAAAACAAUUUAAAAUAACAAUAAGUUAAACAGACAAAAAUAUUGAACAUCUAUUUUAACUUAUUAAUAAUAGAUGUAAAAGAUUAAAACAGUUUAAAACCCUUUACAUUUGAGUUAUAUCAGUGAGGUCGAAAGGCUUUUAUAAAUGGUCCUGUUUCUCAAGAUCCCAAGCCAUUUAGGAUUUUAAAUAUCAUCACAAGCACUUCUGAAUUUGCAGUGGAAGUAUAUUGUCAAAGCAUACUGGGAAAAAGAAACAUUUUAAUUUGGAGUUGGCAAAAAUGUUGAAGCCAUUAGAGGUGGCAUAAUUUUCUCCAUUUUUUGGUGGUGAAAAUUGGGCAUUUUUAGAAAAGGGGGGGGGGAAGCAACAGCAUCAUCCUUUAUAUAUUGAAAGUUAUUUUAGGAACAUAAAAUACAUUAUGCAUAACCUGGUUAGGUAUAAAAUUAUUAUGUUUGAUAUAUUUAAAGUAGAGUUUAAUUCAGAAACAGUUUCAAAUUGAUUUCCCUUUUGAAUUUUUUUGUUAAAAUUGGAUCUGUAAGGUCAUGAACAGUAUAGAAUAGCUGAAUUAUAACCUAUCUCUUCAAUUUUCCCAGUUAUUGCACAGUUGGCAGAAAGAAAGAAGAGUUUCCCCUCCCCAGAUAUUGAGAUAUAGAGAUCUGGAUAUAGAGAUCUGGAUACGAACUUGACAUGAACAUGAUCACGACUACAAAAAUACCUCCUCAUCUGCCUAUUUUCCUCCAAAUUUUAAUUGAAUGUUUUUAUUGCUCUACUGUUUUUAUAUUAUGAUUGUUUUAAUCCUGUUUUCGCAUUGGGAUUGGGGGGUGGGCAUAGGGAUUGAUUCCCCCCCCCCUCUUUUUUGGAUUUUAUUGUAACCUUGAUGUAUUUUACUGGUGUAAUCCGCCCAGAUUCUCCGUGAUAAGGUGGGCUAGAAAUAAAUCUUUUAUUAUUAUGUAUUAAAGAAAGAAAGACGGAAGGAAGGAAGGAAGGAAGGAACCUGGUUAAAAAACAGGAGAAAACAUCAGUAUUUGUAAAACAAAGAAAAAUAUUUUGGUUCCUUUAGUUCUCCAUACUGCCAAGCAGACAUAAAGUACUUGUUCCCAUAAAAAGAGUGAGUUCCUGGCUGAGCACAUACUUAAAGUGAGGAUUAUGCAACUUUCAGUCUGAGGUUCACAUCCUACGUAUACUUACCUGGGAGUAAAUUUCACUGGUCGAUGUAGGACUCAUGCAUCUAAGUAAAGCAUGGACCAGAGUAUCAGACCUGACUUGCUGUGAAGACUUUUGUUCUGUGUAGGCCUUGGUCUUUAAAAUGGUAACAGCUUCAUUGCGUCAUGGAGUGACCAUCACUGGAGCUAUCUUGCUGGUAAUAGGGACACUUUGUUUUGCAUGGUGGAGUGAUGGUGAAAUGGGGGUGACUGCCUCUAGUAGUGACCUGAAGGUCCUGCCUCAUGGAGAAGCUGAAUCAGGGACAAGCUCUACCUCCUCAAAUGCAAUGCUCAGGUCCAUCAGCUUCUUCUGUUGUGGAAUUGGUGGCCUCCUGCUCCUUUUUGGCCUCCUGUGGUCAGCCAACACUGGAAUAGUUUCUCGUCAUUAUCAGUACCAUUUUUCCAGGGACCUUCUUUACUCCACUGUUGAGCCUCUUGAAAAGCAGACCUGCAGCACCUGGGAAGCCAGUAAUGUCCCCACCUAUGAGGAAGCUUUGAAUUGUCAGCCUGCUGGAAAUGCUCCAAGUUACACAGAAUCUCAUAUUUUGAAAGAAAGCAACUCCUCUUUAUAUCAAGUGGUGGAUGAAAGCAGCAUGUGCCAUGGAGGCCGCAGACGCAGUUCCUCUGAUACUAUUUUGUUCCGGAGUAUUCUACCAAAUCGAGAGUCAGGAUCGUGGGAUGAAGCAGUUGUUGUCUGUGACACACCACCACCUAGCUAUGAGAGUAUUGGCUCAUGUGACGGAUGAUCUAGAGACCUCAUUCACUGCUUGUUGAGAAUCUAAAUUGCUAUUGACUACUGUCUUUUCCUGUGGCAAGCUGGUUUAGAAUGGGAGCAAAUAACUAUUAAAGUAUUAAACCAUUGUACUGUAUUGUCUUUUGUAGGAACUGCUGACAAAAGAUCAAAGGCCAGUCUCUACAUUGCUUUUCCAUGCAUGGCUCAUAUAUAUACAGUAUGCCUUGUGUAUCUAGAUGCUUUGGAGGACCAUCCAGGAUAUGUUGAAACUUUUAAAAGUAAAAUCUAAGUAGCAGCACUACUUACACAGGCAUAUACUGAUACAGGACAACAACAUGAUACAGAAUGCAUCUCUGGAAAAUAGUGUUUCUGAAACUUAUU